CAUUUUAUAUGUCUAUGACGCGAGUCGUGUGCUCACAUGAUGUAAACAAAUCUGUAACACUUGUGCGCUUUGAAAAUUAGUCUAUUUAUAACAGUCAUUAAGUCAUGACAAAUAAGAAAUGUUGUAUCUGUGAAAAGGAAGGUGCACCUUACAAAUGUCCGACAUGCAAAGAACCUUAUUGUUCUGUAAUGUGUUGCAAGGAGCAUAAAAAUCACAACUGCGAACCUCUCAAGUUACCUGAGAAAUCCGAAGAAGAACGUAAAUAUGAACGAGAAUAUAAGUUUCCAACAGAAGACACUGUACCUGUGGAAAAACUGCAACAGUUGCAGAAUAGCACAGAACUGAAAGAAUUCCUCAAACAUCCUGAUCUGCGUAAUGCUAUGAAGGCAGUUCUCAACAAUCCGAAUCCUACUGGUGCAAUAGCAUCAGCGAUGAAGUUACCUUUAUUUGUGGAGAUGGCUGAUGCGUGUUUAAAGAUUGUGGAACCGCCAGAUGAUGAUAAACCAUGCUGAGUAAGUUCUACAUAUUAUUAUGAGUGAGACUGUGAGUUUCUAUUAAAAGGACGUACUACUUCUUCGAUCUGUAAAUAUAUUUUCAUACUGUGAAUUGUAUAAAAACGUUGAGAUGAUUCUGCUUUUCAUUUAAAAUAUAUAUAAUAAGAGUACACAAAGUUCUAUAUGUAUAUAAAAGUUUAUAGAUUCUAAAUCUAGAUAAUCAGGCAAUGAUAUCAAUUUUUUGUUUUUCAAACAAAUGUUAGACAAAUAAAGUAUUUAUCGUGAAA